AAUGCCAUGUGCAACUCUGAAGUACACAGCUUUGGGGAAAUGUCAGUAAUAUCACUGAAAGGGAAUGUUGGACUUCAAGAGCUUCUGGUAUCCUGGAAGCACACCAGUAAUCAGCUUCCUCCUCCACCGGGGGGUAGGGCUGUCUCCAACUCUCUGGAGGCUGGGGAGGGAGGAAUCCCUUACACUGAGCUGGUGAGCAAGGCCAUGCUCGAGCUGAAGGCUCUGGAGUCUUCAGACCUCACCGAAGUCGUGGUUUACGGCUACUAUUUGUACAAGCUCCAGACCAAGUGGAUGCUCCAGUCCAUGCCCGAGUGGAACCACCAGCGCCAGGAGUGAGGGAUGCUCAGGCUUGCGGAAGCAUG